UACAUAAUUUUCUUAUAUUGACUUUUGACGUAAGAUUUUCCUAUCAAAAUGUCAUGAACAGUUCCAAAAUUCAACUAAAUUCUAUCUGGAUUAUUUUUAAUUUAUAUGUUUUUUAUUACCUUAUAGUAUUUAAUUUAAUUUAGAUCAAAAUCUUUGUUGCUCAGAUGCUCAUCCAUAUAACACCAAGGCUACAUGGCGUAGUGCGGUCGCUGAGCACACCGUCACGAUAUUUUGCCAGCAGUAGCAGUAGCAGUAACCACUAUGACGUGCUUGGAAUUACUCCUAAUGCGACACAGAAUGAUAUCAAAUCCGCAUACUACAAACUAUCUAAAGUAUACCAUCCAGACAAGUCUAGCGAUGAAACAGCAGCCAAAAAGUUUAGAGCCAUUACUGAAGCCUAUGAGGUAUUAGGAAAUGUAAAAUUAAAAAAGAUGUAUGAUAAAGGAUUGCUUGGUGCGAGAUGGAAAUCCAAAGUAACAUCUACUUAUGAGCCAGAGCCUGAGCCCACGGAUCCUACUCUCAAGUUCUAUAAAUCUCACGCGUACCGUAAGGUGGUGCCCACUAUGGAUGGUAGACGACCUAUUUAUGACUUCGAUGCUUGGUCUAAAAACCAUUAUGGAGAUUUAUUUGAAAAAGCAAAAUAUGAUAAAGAAUUUAUAAGAAAGAAGCAAGAAAAACAAUUAGAUUUUGAACAAUCGAAUAAACAAGAACUCUUUAUGUUUGUGAUGGUAGGUCUAGGAGGCCUGUUUCUAUUUUUGGUAGGACAAGGCAAAACUGAUUAUGAUAAGGAUACAAUUGCGCAAAAUAAAAAUGAUAUACGAACAAACAAAUAGAUGUAUCAGCAGCUCUUUUGUCUUUGCAGACAUUUCUUAGUAAAUUAUCAGUUAGUUUAAUAGAAAAUUAAGUAUUGUGGUAUUUUAUACUAUUUACCUCUCAAACAUUGACAGGACACAUCGGAGUUUGUGUUUACUCCUAUAUCUUUUCUCCUGGAUGAUAAUAACUUUACCUCCCAUCUAAUUACCUAUGUCCAUGUUUGGGGGGUGAACUAGAAUUCUCAUAAUAUAUUUUUUCAUGUCUUGUAAAUACUGUACAUACCUUAUUUAAUGACGAAGGCCUUUAGAAGUUGUAGAAAAACGAAAUAACAUUAAAAAAAUACUACAAUCAA